UCUAUAACUGCAUGUAAUGAAGUCAUUUGGAAUACGAUGAUUCAUUGACUUUGAAAGUGUUUUUUUACAAAGCUUGAAUAGUAACAUACAUCAUGUUAAAUGUCCAGGGCUUGAGACGGAAUGUGAAGAAUGUUGUCAAAAAUUAUACAGACGCACAAGUGAAAGUAAGGGAAGCAACAUCAAAUGAUCCAUGGGGGCCAUCUAGUACCCUUAUGAGUGAAAUAGCUGAUUUGACUUACAAUGUUGUUGCUUUUUCUGAAAUUAUGCAAAUGAUAUGGAAGCGCCUGAAUGAUCAUGGCAAGAACUGGCGACAUGUAUAUAAAGCUUUAGUUUUAUUGGAGUACCUCAUUAAAACUGGAUCAGAAAAGGUGGCUCAACAAUGUAAAGAAAACUUUUAUGCAAUUGAAACUCUUAAAGAUUUUCAGUAUGUUGAAGAAAAUAAAGAUCAGGGAAUGAAUGUGAGAGAAAAAUCUCGUCAGUUAGCAUCUCUUUUAAAAGAUGACGAGAGGCUUAAGAGUGAGCGAUCUAGAGCUUUAAAGGCAAAAGAACGUUUUGCUCAAGCUUCAUCACGAGCUGGUAAUGAAGCUGCUGCUGGAUGUUCACCUGGUGGCAAAGAUUCGUUAGAGUCAUCUCCUGAUGGCUUACCAUCAUCUAGAGGAGCAGUUUGCACAGAGCUGGAAAAUGCUCGUCCUCAAACAGCUGGUGAAGAAGAAUUGCAGUUGCAGUUAGCAUUAGCCAUGAGUAAAGAAGAAGCUGAACAGGAAGAGAGAUUGCGCCGUAAUGAUGAUUUGAGGCUCCAGAUGGCUCUUAACGAAAGUCAAGAAAAUUAUCAGAGAGUUAGUUCAGAUGAUGCUGAUGAGGCUUCAACAGAUUUAUUGGCUCUCUGUUCAUCUCCUAGCAGUCAGACAGUAUCAAAACAAAACACAGAUCCUUGGGGAAUGCCUUUGUCAGAAGUACCAGAUCCAUGGCAGUCAGUGAGUCCCGUGACUGAAACUGAUCCUUGGGGUACUGCUACUUCACCUACUAAUGCUUCAGUGUCUGCUGGGCAAACAUGGGCUCCUCGCAUGUCAACCUCAGCCAGUGUUUCAUUUGAGGUUCUAGGAGGUUGGUCUAAUGGAGAUGCUGAUGAAAGAGAUUUCCUUAGCAAAAGAUCAGCAAUGAGUUCUCCAGAUACUAGUGCUCAUCGAACAACUCCAAAUCCGUUUGAAAUGGCUGAAUUAAAAGAGUCACUGGCAGCAAGUGCUUCUCAAAUGAGAGAAAACAAUCGCAACUUUAAUAAUGUGAGAAAGACACCAGAGACUUUCUUAGGACCAAAUUCAAAUUUAGUUAAUUUAGAUGCUCUUGUUAGUACACAAGGUUCUGAAAGAGAACCAGGAGCUGGCAAUCCAUUUGGCAUUCCACCUCCAGUUAGCAAUCCUUUUCAAGCAAUGAGGCCACCACCUCCUACUAUAAAUCAACUAAGAGCUCAAAUGCAAAUGAUACCACCUAUCCCAGCUGCUAUGGUAGUACCUCCUGUUAUGCCUACACCUGGAAUUUCAAUGGGAGUCCCAGCAGUCAACUCUUUCUCUUCAAGCCCUCAGAUGAACAAUCCUUUUCUUUAGGCAUUUGCUUUUUUAGGUUAGACAUGCUUCCAUACUACAGCUGUGUGCCUCACUUCUUCAACUGAUGCCUGUUAUUCUGGUUUCAGUGAAAAGCUGUGUAGCAUUUUGCUCUGGGCAUACUUCAUUAUAUAAGGAAAUAAAUUUCACUGGUGUAUUUAAAAAUGUUUCACAUGAGAAAUCAUAUGCAAAUUGUAUCUUAAUAAUAGAAUUUGUAGAUAAAAGCAAUCAUUUUUCAUUUUGAAGAUGAGAAUGAUAAUUGCCUAAUUCCUGCUGUGGAGAUGUUACAGAUUUUAAUGUAGAAAGUCUGGACAAGAUAGAAUGAAAAUUUAUAGUACACAUUUAAGUAUUUUAGAUAUAAUUUCUCAAAGUAUGUAUAUAACAUGGAACAAAUUGUGUAAUUAUUUAAAUAUGAAUAUAUUAAGUAGUAUAACUAUUGGCACAAUGAAAGCCUAGGAGUUAAUUUAUUUGAUCAAAUAUAUUUUAAAUGUACAUUAUUAAAAUAUAUCUCUGUGGAGGAACACAGAUUGUUUGCAUUUAUUGUUUUAUAAUCUGUAUUUAAAAGUGAACAGUUAUAAAUUGUUUCUCUAAAAGAUCUGAUUUAGUGAUAUUUUAGUAUUCUAAUCGUUUUAUUAAACAUAUAAUGAACAUUAUUGCUUCUAUCCUUCCAGUGCUUCAGUAACCAAAGUAUUGUGGUCACAAUGGUCACAUGCAUGUUCUGAUAACAUAUGUUUAUUAUAAGCUGUAAUCAAAAUAUAUACUAACAGCUGAAAUCAAUUGUACAUUCAUUUUCAGCUGAGGUUUAUUUGAGUAUUGAAACAGAUUGAAGUGCUUUGUAAUGAGAGAUCAACGUAGAUCAUAAGGAAAUUAUUUUUAGUAUAUUGUAUAUAAUCAUCUUCAAGCCUUGUAUUAAAAAGUUGUGUAAUAUAAUUGUUCUUGCUCUUCACUGCUAUCAUGUCAUUAGGAUGCAUUCUGUAUUUUUAUGGAAUCGGAUGGUGUUAAAAACCCUUAUAAAGUAUGCAAAUUUCUAGGAGGUGUGGAUGUGUUCAUGUGGUUGGUGGAUAACUGAAAAAUGUGUUUGAAUAAUAUGCAACUGUUUCUUAUGUUCCUUUUUAGAGUAAUCUAUUUUAGUAUGUGGUGAAAAUUAAAUUAUGGCUUGUUAUAUAUGUAUGUAUGUAUAUCUGAGUCCAAAUGAUCAAGAGAAAUAGUAUAAGAAAUAAAUUUAUAAUAAAAAAUAUAUGUAGCAUAAUUUUAGCAGAACUGAAAGAGUAUAGAUGUGUAUAUAUAUAUGUUUAACAUUUGUAUAUUAUGUAGAUCUGCAUAUAUACAAUAAUUCGCAUAUGAGCAUAUAGGUAUAGAACUUGGCUGUUAGUCUUGUAAUGACUUUGUUACAUUGGGAUAUUAAGGAAAAAAAAGGUUUUUUGGCCUAGCUGAAGGGGGAGGGUAUGAUAUUUGGGUGUCAGUUUCACAGACUGCAUGGAGGUGGUAGUAGUAGUAAUGGGCUUCUUUGUAUAAAUUUGUUCAUUUGGCAACUACAUCUUCAGAAAGUUUGUAUAUAAUUGUGUCUUUGAGAGUAUGGUAUGCUGUGCUAAAAUUUAUUGUGAUUUUGCGUAAAAGCUGCCUGCAGUGGUUAUAGUUGCAUAAAUUUGUAAGUAUACUAAUUACAGUUUCAUCACAGUGAUUAGAAUUUUAUUAUAUUACUUCCAGAAUUUGACAUUGUGACUCAUACUGCUUAUAUACAUACAUACAUAUUCAUAAAUAUAUAUAUAAUGUGCAUGCAAAUAAGUAUUCUAAAGUAUGAAAUGCUUUUAAUCGUGUAUUUUAAAAGCUGUAUAUUCAUAUGUCCAGACAUUUACAAAGUUAUUUAUAUUGUAUGUUUGAUCAGAGUUCUUCAAUAAACUUAUAUUUUAUCAUGAUAUACAAAUAUUCAUUUUGUGAAUCUUAUUAGUUUCUGCAAGUUUUCUCUGGGUUAUUUUGAUAUUUGAUGGAUAGUUAAACAUUUUUAUCUUAAGUAUUUAAAAUGAAAAGUCAGUCAAAGUCUAGCAUGUUGAAAUAAUUCCUUGUGAUGAUUUAGAGUAUGGUUAUUUUAACUAAAAAGUUAAUUUUGUGAAAACCGUUAAAUAAUAUACAUACAUACUUCUCUCAUCUCUCUGCUGGAAAAGCCUAGACAUGAGGCAAUAUCAGCUCAAUCGUUGAUGAAGUUUGUGAAUAAUGGUGCUGCAAGAUUUGACUGUAAUGAUAUAAUUAAUAAGUUUCAGUAAAGUUUCUAUUUAUAUGCUUCUCCAAGAUGUCUUAUUAGAAAUGUUUAAACACAACCAAGGGGUAUGGUCAAAUACAUACCUUACCACAAUUGAUUUGGAACGACAUGCAAGGUUGUUUAAAACUGGAGAUACAAUAAGCUUAUGUUUGUUGUAAAUCUGAUAUUUUUAGGGCUAUGUAAGUAUUUGGAAAGACUUUUUUUUUCCAGGUAUCAUUUAUUUCUUUUUCAGAAGAUAUAAUUUAUUGAUAUGACAUAAUAAAUAGUUAUAUUCUGUG